CAACCUUGAACACAUUUCAACCCGUGUUCCAAAGGGAGCGACGAGCGAUGGAAGGGCCCAUCAAGCGCAAGGUCCUUUCGCGCCCUGCGUCGCGAGCGGCAUCACCAACUCGGACCGGAGAUGCAACCUCGCGGGUCGGGCGUUCCAUAACAGUGAAAGCCAAGGUUUCUUCCUCCUCCAUCGUUCGUAGUUCCACUCCAUUAGCUCGUUCCCCACCAUUAGCUAGUCAAACCCCGCGCUCUCUGUCCCCCCUACGGCCGAACCAAGCUCCUAAUACGCCACGCCCUAUUUCCAUGUUCGUAUCCCAUAGUAGUGUCUUUCCUCCCGAUCCAUCCCAUUCCUCCCCAGGCUUCGUACCGAAAGCCAAAAGAAGUGCUCUAGCCUUAAACAAGAAUACCGCCUCUUCUUCCUCCUCUUUGCCAACAGUGUCUGUUACCGGACCCGUGUCAAAAAUCCCACCGUUGAGCGGCGCCACUUCGUCGUCGAAUUCUGCUCCCGCCCCAAUCAUUUCUACACGAUUAUACCCCGAUCGUUCCUCUGCGCGCUCUCUGACACCAACUGCGCGUCCAGAUCCCAGUAGAAGACGUUCAGGAAGUUUUAGUGACGAUGGACGCAGUUCGAAUCUCAGUUCGCAUCUGAGUUCGAAUGCGAGCCUAGUGUCAGCUUCGGCCAUCUCCGCCUCCUCACCACGCACGCCUAAUAAUAAGGAGAAUGGCUUUGGCAGCAUACGGCGGACGAGCGUCACGCUAGGAACUGCUUCUGGCCAUCAGCCACCUCCACCUUCUUCGUGGAACACCCAUGUCCCGAUACGCCCUCGAGCGAAGCUCUCCAAUAUAUCAUUACCCACAGGACCUGAAGGAGGAUCUGCUACGACAACAUCAAAUAGACACGCACGUUCUAACUCUGCCUCUUCCUUAAACUCCCCUCGAAAACCGACCUUGACACCCAGUCCACUUCACCGUCGGACACCCUCCGCAACUUAUCGCCUCGACAAACAGCCUUCCAACCUAUCAUCAUGGAGUACAGCUCAUCUGCCUCCGGAGCAAUCAUCACCGACUUCACUUUCUCGUCCUCGUGCCGCUACCUCUAUCUCCUCAACCAGUAUCCCUACCACCACCAAUAUCGUAUCUCCGUCGCAACGACUUCUAGUGCCUAGAUCGCCUGUUACAUCAACCCUCUCCUCACUCUCUUCCGACUCCGGCGUUGCUGCAGCACCGCUACCACCAGUAACAAUCACAUCAUACCCACCAAAACCAUCAUCCCAUGUCUCAGAUGUCUCAUCUUCUGUUUCUACCAACGCUUCAGUAGAAAAACCACAUUUAGUUCCAGGAACUAUCAUACCGGACCGAAAGGUUUUGGGUGCAGCUUGGUCGAGUGGACAAGGGAUGCAACAAAGCCAGUCGAGAGGCGUAUCGUCAUCUAAUUCUGAAGCUGACGGCGAGGGCGUACAAUUGCCAGAGGAAGAGACGGACUCGGGUCUACUUUUACCACUCGAUUUGAUGGAACGGGCGGAAGCGAAGAUAGAGGCAAAGUCGAAUCGUAAAAUUGCCGAUCUCGAAAUAACUAAUCGCUCACUGAUGGCCAUCAAUACUCAACUUGAGGCCGAAAAGGUUCGCCAAAUGCGUGAAAUUCGUGAACUUAAAAGACGGUUGCGUGAAUCUCGUCUCAUUCUUCCUCCAGGCGCUUUCAAAGUUCUCGACGAGCAACGCAAGCGCGCGAUCGCAGCCGGAACAUCAAAAACAGGGGGGACUGCAGUAGAUGAUUUGGAAGAGGAGGACGAUGAUGAGGAUUCUGACGAUGGAGUCGAGCAGCCACCAGAUCCGGCCUAUGAACGUGUAACGGCGCUCGUCGACGCUCUUAUCGUUCGGGGACACGAAGCGCUGCGAAGCACUACCGAAAGUCUCUCGCGUGGUGUAGGUGGAAUUGGAUCAACAGGGACCAAAGUCCUCAGCCCCGAUGAAGUCCAAAUGCACUAUGCCCGACAAGAGGUCGAGGAUGCUAUGCUGUCAUCGGAACGUACUCCUCGUGAGGAACAGGACGGCUCUGCAUUCGAUCGACUGAAGGAUGUGGUGCAUGAUCUUGAUGGGCUCGAGGCUGGUAUGGACGACGAUCCGUUCGUUUCUGGGGUAGACGACGAAUGAUAUCUAAAGAUGUGCUUCUUUUUUUUUAAACGAAACGAAGCACAUGUAGAUCACUGAUGCUUGCAUUCUGUAACGAAUCCGUAAUUACAGUUUCUUUCCUAUGGAGGGAGACAACUCAUUCCCCGAACUCAAUAACAUCUUUUCAUCACACACUCUAAUACUUUCAUCCUAGGUACCCAUUCUACGCAUCUUGCAUCUUAUGGCACAUUCUUUUAAAAUUCAUCCUUCCGCUGUAUGUUUUAAUAUCCUCUACUUACACUCAUGAACCUAACGAACUAAACAUGACAUACAUCGAACAACCCGCGAGUCUGAAGAUUCUAUGUCGCUGUUGUUACAUUGUUAA